ACACUGACAGGUCGCAUAGACAGGUCGGUAAUUGUAAUGUAAUUGUUGUUCUGUUCGUUCUGUUCUGAGAUAGGCAAUCGAGGUAAUUGUUUAAGGGGGAAGUGGGGGGGAAUUAGGUCAAUAUUACCUUUCAAUACGUGUGCUCAUAUGUUAGCGAAUUUCUUUAAUAGUACCAAAUAUUUCUUUCAGUUUUUAAAAGUUCCAAGGACUCCUCAGAGAACCAACCCGACCUGAGAUGGAGUAAAACAAAAAAAAUAUGGCAGAUAAACUGGGCCUGGGGAACGGUGAAAGACAGCUAAAGCUCGGACAAAGCUUCACCAGUCCAAAGUCUUCUGCAUUUCACACUGUUCGCUAUGAUUUUAAGCCAGCCUCAGUUGACAUUAAUAAGAUGGCCAGUGUGGAAGUGAGUUCCAAUAAUCAAGUUACUGUAACCGUACCACACUUAGAUGGAGCAGGCGUUCCACAAACAGUAUUCAAAGGGUCUCAACGGCCAUACCAUAAGGAAUGUGUGCUCAUAAUCGAUAGGGUGACGGGCGUGAUUACCUUAGAAAAAUUAUCUAGUAAUAUUCAAGUUAAGAAAACGAGAAGUGAAGCCAUUAAGCCACCUUUGCCUCAAGUAGUUUCCAGCUCGAGCGACAGAAACACUCCGAACUCUUCCGAUAGACUAAGCGCGGGCGUUUUAGGUGGACCAAAUAGACCUCAAACACCCCCGAUAGGGCAGCGAACGUCUAACAAAACGCGAGUUACGAGUGGCAGUCGUCGACCCGAUCGACCCAUCACCCAUCUCGUACCCAAACAUUCUCCCCUACACGCCAGUCCCAGCUACUCAUCUCCGGGACAUUAUAAGUCCCCGAAGAGGGAUCACCUUGUAAAUAAUAGUACCAAUAAUGAUACUCAUUCUCAGAGCACUCUAGCCAGCCUUCCGAUGAUAGGCAUGGACGAUAUAACGGAACCGCCGGUCCCCGUCGUCCCUCACUCGUCAUCCUCGUCGAUCGGGGCCACUCCACUGAGUAGCAAGAGGUCGCCCCCCGUUCUCCCCGUGCAGCAGCAAAAUCAGCAAAACGGUCGUGAUUUAAUUGGUGAAAUAUCGGACACGUCGUCCAGUUCUAGUGACAGCGACUCCGGUUCCGAUCACGAGACAACGGCGAGUAACGUCAAGGGACUGAAGAGCGGGACAAGUGGCGGCAGUGGAGGAGGAUCUUCUACAGGUGCGAAUGCCUCCGCGACGGCCACGUCAAGAAGAAACGGACAUCACGCAAAUGGGCUCGCGUUCGGCUCGAAUUCGUCACCGUCACUUUCAAUGCCUGCACAUAUUCUUAGCGAAGAUUUGUGUCUCUCAGAGUCCGGUUCUGAUUCCGAUUAAUCAAUAAUGUAUGUAACGUUCGGGUGGAGAUUGGUGAUACGAUUUUGUCUUUACCGAAGGCGAUUAUAAAUGUAAAAUAUAAUAUAAAAAAUUAAAAAAAUUAAAU